GUAUCCAGAAUCAUUUAUUAAUUGACACUUACACACCAUUAGCCUCUGCAACUCUCAAUAAAUCAGUUUAUGUUUUCCAAAUACCAAUCAAAUGAAUGUACAGAUCAUUGGAAGCUGGGCUAGACAAUCCCGCCGCAGGACACGUCGCCCAUCACGGCGCUGACUGACGUUGGACAUCGCCGCUCCUGCAGCUCGUCGAAAAGAAAAUGAGCACUAAACCUAAGAGCCACAAGGCCAUGGGAGAUGGAGAGUGGAUGGUGAGGCUGAGGGCAUUUGCCAGCUCUGGCGUUUGGCCCUCUGGAGGUAAUAGACCAUCCCAAAGGCAGCAGAAGUGGCAUGACCUCUACCAGAAGGUAAAGUAUGUGAAGAUUGAGAAAUGCCCCAUGCAAGCCCAUAGACUGACCACCCUCUUUGGAGGGUCCGUGGCCUGUAAUUGUGGAUUCCACGCUGUUAAGCAGCCUGCAACACAGACUCCCGCUGAAGCCCGGACUGAGUCUGAGGCUCAGUCUAUGGUCUCAGACUCGGACCCUGGUGCGACCCCUCAGUUUGUGGCCUCAGACUCAGACCCUGGUGCAACUACUGCAGCUCCCAGGUCUUUCGUGCAGCCCCAUGUGAGUUUGUCAAUGGAUGAGACCGGAGGAGUUUCUUCAGCCACUGCUGGUGCUGCAGCUUCGUUCUGGUUGCCGGGGGAGCUGAGCAAGACCAUUCCUGUGCAGGACCAGAGUUGGAUUGCCAGCACCCUCUUUCCCUCCGGCAAACUGCGGCCAGAUUUGGAGCUGUGGUAUGAGCCCCCUGUCCCAGCGCUCAUUUACCACCAGACACCGGCACCCGACCACUUCUUCACCCAUCGGCUGAUGGUGUGGAUGCCAUACCACCUGUGGAAGGUGAGGGUGUCCUGCCCGGCUUGUGGGAAGCAGCUGACGGGCUAUGGUGUCCACAAGAGGGCUCGGAAGGUCCUGGACAUCGACAGGUAUUACCUGAUGCUGACAGAGACACUCAGGUGCACUGUGUGUUCCCUGAACUAUCUGUCUACCAGUCAGACUGUCCGGGACCAGCUGGACCUGCCACACCAGAAGCUGUUUGAGGUGAUCCUGACACGCAAGUAUGCUUGUGACAUCCGUGUCAUUCGGCUGCUUCGGGACCGGACCCUCGGAAACAGUCCAGCUCGACUGAUAAGGCAGCUCAGGGAGAACCACGGGGAGAAAUGGUUGAACCGGUUGGCACACUAUCUUGGGGAGUGUGCUAACUUUAUGGAGCGGCCCGGCCUCUUCCCAGUGAUCUGCCAGGAGCCCCCGGAGCCCAUUGAUGUCCCUACUAGUCGCUGGCUGCUGUCUGUCUACAGCAGGGACAUCCUUUCCCGCCUGGACCAUAUUAAGGCCAGCAUCACCUCCACGUUUGGUUCUAUCUUAAAGAUGAACUCAACCGAAAAGAUCACAAAGAAGCUGGCUGGCCACGGCAGGGGGACAGCUCUCUGCGUUACCUCCAUAGGCAAUGAGGUUGGCCAGGUCCUGACCAGUGUCCUGUCAGUGCAGGAGGGGCCGGGACUGGACAAGAUGGUGUCUGGGGUGAUGGAGCGGUACAGCCGGGCAUGUGUUCCCCCACCUGUACUGCUGUAUGUGGACUGUGGCUGCUGCGUGAGCGAGGGGGAGAGCAAGCUGCAGACCAGGUUUGCACAGUGGCCAGACAUCCACAUACGACUGGACAUCUGGCAUUUCAUGAAAAGGCUGGCCAUCGGCUGCACCACUGACGCUCAUCCCCUCUACCCCACCUUCAUGGGCUACCUGUCUGCAUGCAUCUUUGAGUGGGAUGCAGGGGACCUCAGUCUGUUGCGGCAGGCUAAGAAAGAGCAACUCAGACAGGAGGGUGUGCCAGCGCUUACUGAUCUCCUGGUGGACAGGAGAAUCAGUAAGAAGGAGCUGAACCAGUACUGCCGAAGGAGGACACGUGGGGAGGAGGGCACCAUCAGCCUCAUCGAGCAGCUGCUGCAAACACUGGGGGGGGCAAACGGGAGAGACCUCAUGGGGGUGCCGCUGCUGGACCAGGUGCGCAUGGAGCACAUCUGGCGUGUGCAGAAACGACACGUCAGGUGCAUCCAGGAUGUGCCAGGUGUGCAGCUGUACACAGAGACAGGCGACACCACCAAGGGGGGCGUUGUCCUGACCAGGUACCGCUGUGCCAGAGGGUCCACGUCCCUGGAGGCUUUUCAUUUCCACCUGAACAGGUUCAUUCCAGGAACCAGUGCCAACGCACUGAACUUUCAGCUGUACCUCCUGGAAGGCCUCAACAGGUGGAACCAGGAUCAGGGGACUGUAGCGGUGACUACCAAGCCGUCAUCUCUCCUCACUUACGCCGGCGAUGUGGUCCAGUGUGUCAACACCAACAGCUUGAAAGUGUUUGGCCGGGUACUUGUGCCAAACUUCAGGCCAUCUGCCAGAUACACUGGAGAGCUGCUUGGUGUUGACUACCUGCUGAGUCAGACUGGACAGCCCCUGGCAGUGAACCCCGACUCAGAGGAGACGGAGGGCAUCCUGGAGGAUGUAGAUGAGGGCGAGGAAGAAGAAGACGAUGGCUUCGAGAAAGAUACAGUGUCAAGUCUCCUUGAUGACUGGAGCUUCUCUACCUCCUCCUUGUCCGCUGCGUCUGCUAUGGCUGUUGCGUCUUGCCUGUCUGCUGCAUCCUCUCCAGCUGCGUCCUCCCUGCUGCGUCCUCUCCAGCUGCUGUGUCCUCUGUGGAUGCUGCCUCUGCCCAGUCUGCCGUUCUCCCCCCUGUGCGCCCCCUGCACUAGGCAGCGCCGUGGGCCUGGCAGAGGUGAAGAGGAAGGUCUCACCCACAGUUGUGACACCGGUGGCUAUGAAGCUGCGUCCCCAGUGGCAGCUCUUCCCUGCUCCACCCUCGGGUCCUCAGCAGGUGAUGCAGCCACAGCUCAUCCCUGCUCCACACUCGGGUCCUCAGCUACAGCUCACUCCUGCUCCACCCUCGGGUCCUCAGCUACAGCUCACUCCUGCUCCACCCUCGGGUCCUCAGCUACAGCUCUUCCCUGCUCCACCCUCGGGUCCUCAGCAGGUGAUGCAGCCACAGCUCAUCCCUGCUCCACACUCGGGUCCUCAGCUACAGCUCACUCCUGCUCCGCCCUCGGGUCCUCAGCUACAGCUCAUCCCUGCUCCACCCUCGGGUCCUCAGCAGGUGAUGCAGCCACAGCUCAUCCCUGCUCCACACUCGGGUCCUCAGCUACAGCUCACCCCUGCUCCACCCUCGGGUCCUCAGCUACAGCUCACCCCUGCUCCACCCUCGGGUCCUCAGCUACAGCUCAUCCCUGCUCCACACUCGGGUCCUCAGCCACAGCUCAUCCCUGCUCCACCCACAUUCCCUCAGUUCCUGAUGCUGGCUCCAAAGGCCCUGGGUGUCAGCCUCUCCUCAGCUCCUCCUGCUCCUGCUUCAGUCCCGCGAAAACUGACCCGUAAGGUACAGCACAACACGUGCAAGAAAUGCGGGCAGUUCAGGACAGCUGAAACUGGACACAGCCAAUACAAGGGUGUGGUUUACUGCCCCUCUGUAGAGGCUGUCCCAAAGGAGCAGUGGUUGGAGAACAUCAAAAAACAGAAAUGAUUGUUUAUCCCCCUACCAAAGGCUUGGACAUUGGACACUUUUUAUGUACAUAGUUUUUAUCUUAUAUUUAAUGUUAAUGUUAAUUAAGUUCUAAUGUUCAGUUUCUGUUGAAAUUGAUAUAGGUGUUUUUUCAGUUGUAUAGUAAUUUGGUGGCUGUAGUUUGUGGUGCUGUUGAAUUUUAAUAUUAUAUGGUAUGUUUAAUGUUUUUAUGUCAUCUUAUACUGUGAAGUGUUUGACAUUUUGUCUUCCCCAGUUUUAUCAGUAAGGGAUGACACACUUCAUUGACUGAAAGUAAAAGUUUGUUUCUUUCA